ACACUUUGUGUAUAAAGUGAAAGAAGAAAUGUCUCUUCGAUUGAAGAAAAUUGCCACAUCACCUUCCUUCAGAUGUUUUGUGUUGUCUAAAAACACUUCAGUAUUUACAGCGUUGACAAAUCGCUCACUAUUAUUUAUAUGGAGAAGCAAUGCUUUUAAAUGUACACAGGUCAGUCGUUUGUAUGUGAAUUACACUCGAUUGUUUACAAGAGGUUUUGCUAUUGAUGCUAAAUUUGAGUGUGCCACUGGUGAUGUUGACAGGCCAAGUGAUAAAGGAAAGGAUGAAUGGGAUGUGGAGAAACUACCCGAAGAGGACAGAUUUGGCACACUUAGUUCUGAUGGAUAUGAGCUUAAAACAUUUGACGAAGUCUAUGAAGUAACAAAAGAGGAUAAGAAGGAAGCCGGUGAUGUGGAACAUGUUCAUAGAGGCCGCAAAAACAGCCCGAUAUGGUACGCAAACCAAAUGAAAACACUCCUGAAAGAAGGAAAGCUAAGGGAAGCUUUAGAUGUUCUGGAAGUGAGAAUGCUGAAGGAGGACCGUGUUCAACCAACAGAGUAUAACUACGAUAUACUAAUCGGUGGUUGUGGACGGGCUGGCUACACCAAGAAAGCCUUCCACUUGUACAAUGACAUGAAAAAACGUGGUCUAAAUCCAAGUGCGGUCACAUACACAGCAUUAUUCAACGCCUGCUCUGAAUCGCCAUGGCCUGAAACUGACGGUAUCACACGCUUGAAAAAACUUCACGGGCAACUCCUUGAGAAAGAAAUCAGGAUUAACCUGAUAACGCACCAUGCCAUGAUGAAAGCCUAUGCCAAAUGCGGUGACAUUCAGAUGGCGUUUAAACUCUUCCAUCAUCUACUGGAGUCUGGUGUUGAACUCACUGCACAUAGCUUUGUGUUCCUCUUCUUUGCAUGUGCUUCUCAGAAAGAUUCUGGGUUUGUUCUUGCUAUUGAGGGAUGGCGACAUAUGUUAUUGAAGGGUAUUAAGCCCAACAACAUUAUCUACAACUUGCUACUAAGAAUUGUGAGGGAUUGUGGAAUAGGGGAUCUUGAGAAAGCCAAUCAGGUUCUUCUGAACAGUCCCACUCUGAAGCAGAAGAUGAUAGCUGGUGGCUCAUCAAUGAAGCAGCAAACAAAAAGGAAUAAAUCCAAGAAGCCAGAGCAAUUAGAGGUCACAAGGCUUGCUGAUGAAAGAACUAUUAAUGUUUUUGAAGAUUUAAAUUUACUUGCACAGGAAACGUCUGUGAAAGAUGGUAGGGUGCCAACACACUCUGACAACAGGAAAAGAGAUCCUGAUAGUUGGGAAAGAGGCCUUGAAAAUCAGGAUUUAUUUCUGUUAAAUUCAUCAGAGAAAUCAGUGGUUUCACAAACUGGUACUGGUUCCUCGAAUGACUUGGCAUCAGUGAGUACUAAGAAAACCGAUACCCAUCCUAAAAUGUUGUCGUUGAAUCCAAACUUGGAAGGAAUCAUGUCGUUGACUGCCAUGGAGACACCAGCAGAACGAUUGUCUUUGCUUGGUGGAACAAGAGGUAUUUUAGAGAGCAUGACAUCAAAUGAUCUCAAACCAGAUUGCAGGACUUUGACUCUUCUUGCAGAGAUCAUUCCAAAGAAGACAUCAGCUGAAACUGAACUUCUGAAAGUUGUUGAUGACUUGGAUGUAAAGGUUGAUGUAGAUUUCUACAAUAUGCUAAUUAGAAAGAGAACAAAGAGGAACUAUCUUACAGGAGCCAAGGCUCUUCUUGCUGAUAUAAAGCGCAAAGGGCUAUAUCCAAGCAUGCGGACAUUUGUCGCUUUAGCUUCAGGCUGUACACAGCAGAAGGAUGGCCUCCAGUUACUAGCAGAUGUAAAGGAUUCUGGUAUAACUCCAACCCAGCCUUUGUACAAUGCUCUGAUUUCAGCAGCACACUCACAGAGAAACUAUGAAUAUGUUACUGAUAUACUGAAGGACAUGGAGAGGACUAAAGUCUGGCCAAACCAACGGACAAUCACUCAACUUGAGAAGGUAGCCGAGUUUCAAGCCAAGCACCAUAGAGUGAAUCCAAAGUUGAAUGGCUUUCGUGGAUUCUACACAACCUGGUUGAAUAGGAUUGGUUAUCAAGGUGAAAAACAUCCAUGGAACUCAUAUUAUUCUAAACCAAUUAAAUAUGAUGAAUGACAGGGCAACAUUGCAUACGGCAUUAGUCAACGAUGGCUCUGACAGUGUUAAAUACACCUUGGUUGGGAUUUAUCAAAUUUAUAAAUAAAAAGGUUACAGUUGACCUUGGCGAACUUUUUAUCAUACCAUCAUUUUAUCAUCACAAAUUUAAAGAGCAACAAAAAAGAACUUGUGCAGUUUCUAAAAUGGUCGUCCAAUGAGUAUGUAUCUCAACAUUUUUUUCAAGGUGUAGUGUGUAAGAGAACAUCAUUGCUGGCAAUUAACUUUAUAAUUGAAGAAGCAUUAUCUUUGAGGUAUUGCGUUCAAUACAGUAUAGCACAAAAGACCAUGAGUAUUACUUGCUGGCCAUAACAUUUUAAAAUAAAUAAAAAAAACAAUUUCUUUAAAGUAAUCUUGGCAUUGAAUAUAGUAUACUGCAAUACUAUAGAGUCAAACUUCCAAUUUACAAUCUCUGCAGAGAUUUAGCCACCCAAUGGUUUAAAUGUAGGUAUUUUAUAUAAAUCUGGCCCCUGACACAAUAUAGGCAAUAAGAUAUAAAAUGAACAAAUGUUAGCUUCUCUUUCUGUACAAGUUUAUUUGGACACUGAUAGCAACAAACACACGGAUCUACUACAAGAAAAUACCACAGUAAAAUACAAGAGAGUACACAACAAAUCUCAAACCAAACUAGUGGGACGUUUUUAACAAAUCUAGAAAGCCUAAAUCACAAAGAAGAAUUAUAAAAGAAUUGAUAUACAAUUUCACUUUCAUACAAUUAAUUUCAUCACAAUUAAAUAAUAAACAAUUAAUAUGAUCCCACUAGUUUGAUUUAAGAAAUGUUCUUUUAGUUUUAGUCAACAGAAUGUUGAACUUUUAAGUUGUGCUUGGACGAUACCGUAUAAGGUACCUCUAUACUUGAUUAGUUUUGCUCUUAAGCCCUGAUUAAACUAUCAAAUUUUAUUUAACAAAACAAGUAACAACACACCACAUAUAGGCACAUCAUGACUAAAUAUGGAUAUGGAACAAUUAUUUGUUAAAGAAAAUCUGAUAAUCUUGACUUUAUGAUAAUAGUUGCAAAAACAAUCUGAUACCUCAAUACACACUGUCUAGAAACAUCCCCUGCAUCAGGAGUGUGAUUCCAACCAACCACUACGAAAAACAUAAACUUUGACCUUUCAAACUCACAGCUCCAGACCAACGAUUGUUUUUGUAUUGCCAUAGCAACCGGGUCCGUUAUACCACCUUUAGAUUACCAUGAAAACCAAAUUGUUUUUUUGAAACAAUAUGCUUUCUACAACAUUCAAAAUUAAUUCAGCAAAAGUUGAUUGAGAUGCAAGUGACGAGGACUCAGGACUCCGUCAGCCGUAAUGUUAGCAAGGAGCAAUUCAACAACAUAUGUACGCACUGUACGAAGACCGUUAUAACUAACAUGCAAACGUUUGAAUACCCUAGUAUUCCGCCGGUAGAUAUAUUUGAUGUAUUAAACAGUAAUGCUAUUCAUACUACCACACCCUUUUUCAUCAUUAUUAUUUCCUUUUUUAUAUUAUUAUAUUUUAAA